ACAAAAGCCACCCCUGUAACCCUCCUGCUACCAAAACCUUGCCACGCAAACCCAGUACACUGAGAUUACAUAUGGACUGCAGCUAUGCAACUCCCUGUGAGCCAAACCUUUGUCCCAGUGACCUCUGCCACUGCGUGGGUGAGGUGGAAUCGCUUUAUCCUCAUCCUGGCUGGGUUGAAUUAGAUCCUGAAGUGCUGUGGAGUCAGUUUGUUGGUGUAAUAAAAGAGGCUGUACAAGCUGCGGGGCUUCACAUGAGGCAAAUAGCUGGUCUUGGCAUCUCAACACAGAGAGCAACUUUCAUUACGUGGCACAAGAGGACAGGGAAACCUUUUCAUAAUUUCAUAAGUUGGCAAGACUUAAGAAGUGCUGAACUUGUGAAUUCCUGGAAUAAGUCCCUUUUGCUGAAGGUAGUCCAUGUUAUUUUUACAGUGCUUCAUUUCUUGACUGGGAAUGAUCGAUACUUGGCACCAAGUUUUCUUACUUUUUCAACACAACAAACUUCUAUGAAGUUGUCAUGGGUUUUUAAAAACAUACAUGAGGCUGAAGAAGCUGCCAAAAAAAAUAACUGCUGCUUUGGAACAGUUGACACAUGGUUACUGUACAGAUUGACUAAAGGUUCUGUGUAUGCGACAGAUUACUCAAAUGCCAGUGCUACAGGCGUUUUUGAACCCUUUACGAAAUGUUGGAACUCCACUUUGUGUAAUUUACUUUCUAUUCCAAUGUCUAUUUAUCCACCAGUGAAAGACACAAGCUUCAACUUCGGAUCAGCUGACUCUGAAAUAUUUGGGGUACCUAUUCCAAUAAUGGCAGUGGUAGCAGAUCAGCAGUCAGCUAUGUUUGGAGAAUGCUGCUUUCACCCAGGAGAUGUUAAACUGACAAUGGGAACAGGUGGUUUCUGGAAUGUGAAUACUGGAGAGCAUCUCUUUGCAUCACGGAGAGGUCUGUAUCCACUGAUUGGUUGGAAGAUUGGGGAAGAAGUUGUUUACUUAACUGAAGGCUGUAUGUCAGACAUUGGCACUGCCAUAAAAUGGGCUCAGGAUAUAAAUCUUUUCACCAAUGUAGAUGAAACGGCAAAAAUGGCACGGAGUAUUGUUGAUUCUCAAGGCGUUUGUUUUGUUCCAGGUUUUCAGGUUUCUGUGAAUGACCCAUAUUUAUGUGCCUCUUUCACGGGGCUGAAACCUUCCACUACCAGAAGCCAUCUUGUACGAGCUAUAUUGGAAUCUGUAGCUUUCAGAAACAAACAGCUUUAUGAUACCAUUGUGAAGAAGGUACGCAUUCCUCUUCAAACUAUUCGAGCUGAUGGAGGUGUCAGUAAUAAUAGUUUUGUCAUGCAGAUGACUUCAGAUUUAAUUAAUAAGAAAAUAGAAAAACCUGCAAAUGCAGACAUGUCUAGUCUUGGUGCAGCUUUUCUAGCAGGCCUUGCUUCAGGAUUUUGGACUGACAAAGAACAACUAAAGAAGCUAAGGCGAAUAGAAGCAGUUUUUGAGCCCCAGAAGGACUUGGAGGAAUACAAACCUGCUAUGGAUACCUGGCUACAAGCAAUGAAACACUCCCCACGCUGGUAGAAAUUGACAUUUUAAUUAUAGAAGAAUUAAAAUGUUUUAAUUCAAGGUUAUAAAAUCUUGACAUUAACAGAACAGAACAGUAAAAACUGUAACUGAAAUUUGUGAUGGUAUAUAUAUAAAACUAUACAGUACUUCAGUUACCCCCCUGCUGCUAGAUUACUUACCACACCAUAAUGAACCUUCAUAUCAUCCCUAUGACAGCUGUAGUCCAGCUGCAGCAUUUGUGUCCCUUCAGUGACCUCCUUUGGGUGGCCCAGCUGCUUGAAUCCUACCAUGUAUUAGAGAUAGGGAGUUUUUUCCUAUCAUGAGUUUUCUACUGAGGAGCUUGCCUCCAUUUGGAUUUUUAA